CAAAAUUUCCCGUUUAAGCUUUACAAAACUGCAACAAAAUUUCGAUACAUGUCGUGCCUGUAAUUUUGUAUACAUGCGUCAGAACCUUGUUGUUAUCUCUUUUAAUUACUGAGCUUGGUUUUGACUGUAUCUUCAGUUUUGUUCUGCAGCGGCUUUAAUGCUUUUAAAAGCGUUACCAGGUUUUAUUAUUUAUUUUUUAGCUCGUGCAAGUUGCUGUUAUUUCCGUCUAACAAUCUGCACAAUAAAAGUUCUCGUUCUUCUACGCCUCGCGAUCGGAUGACCGGCUGUCCUGCAAAAUCUACUGGAAGCCAUGCCACCCGUCAACUCAUCGCAGCGUCUCACGAGAAGCCUUCUCUUGGCAGUGUUUUCCGUUACCAUCGGCACAUGGUAUCCCCUCGGCUUCAGUCUAACCAACAUCAACGCUCCGGAGGAUGUCAUCGUGCAAUGGAUGCGCACGGUCGAAUGUCACCGUUCCCUCCACGCCAACGCGGACGACUCAACCUUAUGGUGCCGGCCGGCGUAUUACAACGAAACACACCAGCUCCUGAAAGAGAACUUUGUCCUCAAUUCCUUGUGGGCAUUGGUCGGGUGUUCGCUGAUCGUUGGCUGUUUUGUAUCCAUCUGGAUUGCCAAUUACAUGAUGGCGAGAUUGGGCAUGAAAGUCACCUUUUAUAUCUGCAAUGCGGUGGUGGCGGUGGGCGUGGCAUUGUGUGGAUGCUGUGUCGUAGCGAAGUCGUAUGCGUUGUUUAUCAUUGGACGGUUCGUGGUGGGCAUGGGUCUUGGUGUCUCCAUUUCCGCGGCCAGUAUUUAUAUUGCAGAGAUCAGUCCAGUGCGGCUGCGGGGCGCAUUGGGAACAGUGCCAUCGCUACUGUAUGGCAGCGGAAUGUUGACAGCGGCAAUUCUUGGUUUGCCGCAAAUCUUGGGAAGCGAAGAGACAUGGACCGGUUUAUCGUGGUUUCUGUUUCUUCCGGUAAUUCUGCAUUUUGUUUCGCUUCCGUUUUGCCCUGAAAGUCCGCGGUAUCUGCUACUGAAUAAAAAAGACAAAGUCAAUGGAGAAAAAGCCCUGCAAUGGUUGCGGAAAUCCGCGGAUGUCAAAGAAGAAAUCCGUGAUCGAAAACGAAGGUCAUGCCGCCGAAGAUCAACCCAUCGUCUCGGUGAUUGGUCUGUUCAAAGACAGCUUCUGCGGCGCAAUAUUCUAAUUUGUGUGGCGAUUAUUAUUGACCAGCGGUUCACCGGCUAUGUCGCCGUGUACACGUACUCGACGGCUAUUUUCUCCAGCGUCGGAUUGGCCAGACUGCAGUCCAUGUACGGGACCAUUGGACUAAUGUUCGUACAAACCAUGUCCGGUGUAUCGGGCAUGCUGUUGAUGGACAAAGCGGGCAGGCGGAAACUGCUGAUUGCUGGCAAUAUCGGGUGCACGUUGGCCAUGGUGUUGCUAACGGUGUUCUCACUGUUGGUCAAUCGCGGAGUCUGUCCACAGUGUCAGUGGGGUGGAUUGGCUGCGGUGUUGGCGUUCAUUAUUCUGUUUGGUAUCGGACCGGCGUCGGUUCCCUGGGUUCUGACGGCGGAAAUGUUCGACAAAUCUUCGCGGUCGUCGGCCAUGACAGUGGUGAUGGCGUGCUGUCACGCGGCCGGAGGAACCGUCGCGGCGGUGUUCCCACUCAUGAUGACGUCGCUGGACGCGUGGACUUUUCUGGUUUUUGCCGGGAUUAUGACGGUGUUUACCGUGUUUUUCUGGUGGACGGUUGUGGAGACUAAGGGCAAAACAUUUAGUGAGAUACAAGCAAUUUUAUGGCAGAAAUACAAUAAGCAGGACUAAUAUAAGAAGUACGAGUAACACAAAUAGCAGGAUUGUGGUGCGUAACGGCUCGGAUGUAUGUAUUGUACCAUGCUGCUACUGCUGCUUGGUAUAAUGAAGAAGUGCAAAAAUAUCAUAAUGGCAUUCGUGAAUGACUGAACACCAA